GUUCCGGCUGAAUGUCAGUGCGGGACUGUGGGCUGUGGGGGGAAGGUGGUUGGCAGUCUCUCCAGCACCUCCGCCGCUGCCUCCUCCGCUUGUGCCGCCGCCGCGGGCGCCCGGCCGCUCGGCCGCUUGGGCAUGAGACCGUGAGGCAAGCGACUGGCCGGGGCCGCCGACAUGUUUGGCCGCUCACGGAGCUGGGUGGGCGGGGGCCAUGGCAAGUCUUCCCGCAAUAUCCACUCCUUGGACCACCUCAAGUAUCUGUACCAUGUUUUGACCAAAAACACCACCGUCACAGAACAGAACAGGAACCUGCUGGUGGAGACCAUCCGAUCCAUCACCGAGAUUCUGAUCUGGGGGGAUCAGAAUGACAGCUCUGUAUUUGACUUCUUCCUGGAGAAGAAUAUGUUCGUCUUCUUCUUGAACAUCCUGCGGCAGAAGUCAGGCCGCUACGUGUGCGUUCAGCUGUUGCAGACCUUGAACAUCCUCUUCGAGAAUAUCAGUCACGAGACCUCACUUUAUUAUUUGCUCUCUAAUAACUAUGUAAAUUCUAUCAUUGUCCAUAAGUUUGACUUUUCUGAUGAGGAGAUUAUGGCAUAUUAUAUAUCGUUCCUGAAAACGCUUUCGUUAAAACUCAACAACCACACGGUCCAUUUCUUUUACAAUGAGCACACUAAUGACUUCGCCCUGUACACAGAAGCCAUCAAAUUUUUCAAUCACCCCGAAAGUAUGGUUAGAAUUGCUGUAAGAACCAUAACUUUAAACGUCUACAAAGUGGAUAACCAGGCCAUGCUGCACUAUAUCAGAGAUAAAACUGCUGUCCCUUACUUCUCCAAUUUGGUCUGGUUCAUCGGGAGCCAUGUGAUCGAACUCGACAACUGUGUGCAGACGGAUGAAGAGCAUCGGAAUCGGGGGAAGCUGAGUGACCUGGUGGCUGAGCAUCUGGACCACCUGCACUAUCUCAAUGACAUCCUGAUCAUUAACUGCGAGUUCCUCAACGACGUGCUCACAGACCACCUGCUCAACAGGCUCUUCCUGCCGCUCUACGUGUACUCGCUGGAGAACCAGGACAAGGGAGGAGAACGACCGAAAAUCAGCCUGCCGGUUUCUCUCUACCUUCUGUCCCAGGUCUUCCUAAUUAUACAUCACGCACCCCUGGUGAACUCAUUAGCUGAAGUCAUUCUGAACGGCGAUCUGUCUGAGACGUACACUAAGCCCGAACAGGAUGUUCAGAGAAGCUGUGCCAAGCCCAGCAUUCGGUGCUUCAUUAAACCCACCGAGACGCUAGAGCGGUCCCUUGAGAUGAACAAGCACAAGGGCAAGAGGCGGGUGCAAAAGAGACCCAACUACAAAAACGUUGGGGAGGAAGAAGAUGAGGAGAAAGGGCCUGCCGAGGAUGCCCAAGAAGACGCCGAGAAGGCUAAAGGUACAGAGGGUGGUUCAAAAGGCACCAAGACAAGUGGGGAGAGUGAAGAGAUAGAGAUGGUAAUCAUGGAGCGCAGCAAGCUCCCGGAGCUGGCGCCCAGUGCCUCAGUGCAGGAGCAGAACACCACGGACGAGGAGAAGAGCGCCGCCACCGGCCUGGACAGCGCCCAGUGGAGCAGACCCUUCCUGGAUAUGGUGUACCACGCCCUGGACAGCCCCGAGGACGAUUACCACGCGCUCUUCGUGCUCUGCCUCCUGUACGCGAUGUCUCACAACAAAGGCAUGGAUCCUGAGAAACUCGAGCGGAUCCAGCUGCCGGUGCCCACUGCGGCCGAGAAGGCGACCUACAACCACCUGCUGACUGAAAGACUCAUCAGGAUCAUGAACAACGCAGCCCAGCCAGAUGGCAAGAUCCGGCUGGCGACGCUGGAGCUGAGCUGCCUGCUCCUAAAGCAGCAAGUCGUGACCAGCACGGGCUGUAUCAUAAAGGACGUACACCUGGCCUGCCUGGAGGGAGCCCGAGAAGAAAGUGUCCACCUGGUGCGGCAUUUCUAUAAGGGAGAAGAAAUCUUUUUGGACAUGUUUGAAGAUGAGUACAGGAGUAUGACGAUGAAGCCCAUGAAUGUGGAAUAUCUCAUGAUGGACGCCUCCAUCCUGCUGCCCCCAACGGGCACGCCACUGACGGGCAUUGACUUUGUGAAGCGGCUGCCGUGUGGUGACGUGGAGAAGACCCGGCGGGCCAUCCGGGUGUUCUUCAUGCUCCGUUCCCUGUCACUGCAACUGCGAGGGCAGCCCGAGACCCAGCUGCCACUGACGCGGGAAGAAGACCUGAUCAAAACGGAUGACGUCCUUGAUCUGAACAACAGCGACCUGAUCGCAUGCACGGUGAUCACCAAGGAUGGCGGCAUGCUCCAGCGGUUCCUGGCUGUCGACAUUUACCAGAUGAGUUUGGUGGAGCCUGACGUGUCCAGGCUGGGCUGGGGAGUGGUCAAGUUCGCAGGCCUUCUGCAGGACAUGCAGGUGACUGGCGUGGAGGACGACAGCCGCGCCCUGAAUAUCACCAUCCACAAGCCUGCAUCCAGCCCCCAUUCCAAGCCCUUCCCCAUCCUGCAGGCCACCUUUGUCUUCUCGGACCACAUCCGCUGCAUCAUCGCCAAGCAGCGCCUGGCCAAGGGCCGCAUCCAGGCGAGACGCAUGAAGAUGCAGAGAAUAGCUGCCCUCCUGGACCUCCCGAUCCAGCCGACAACUGAAGUCCUGGGGUUUGGUCUCAGCUCGUCCUCCACCCAGCACCUGCCUUUCCGCUUCUACGACCAGUGCCGCCGGGGCAGCAGCGACCCCACGGUACAGCGCUCUGUGUUCGCGUCGGUGGACAAGGUGCCAGGCUUCGCCGUGGCCCAGUGCAUGAACCAGCACAGCUCGUCCUCCCUGUCCUCGCCGUCGCCGUCUGCCAGCGGGAGCCCCAGCGGCAGUGGGAGCGCCAGCCACUGCGACUCGGCGGGCGCCCGCUCGUCGUCCAGCCCCUCGGCCGCCCAGAGCCCCGCAGAUGACCCCAUGACUAUGGAACAGCCUCAGCCUAACCUUCCCGACCAGUUGGUGAUCGUCAGUGAAACAGAAGCAGAGGCCAGGCCCAGCAAGAGCCUGGCAAGGAGUGCGGACGUGGAGACAGUCAACCUGUGCCCCAGCCUCAUCCCCGCCCAGCAGCCCACCAUCUCCCUGCUCUGCGAGGACACUGCCGACACGCUGAGCGUGGAGUCACUGACCCUCGUCCCGCCCGUCGACCCCCAUAGCCUCCGCACCCUCACCGGCAUCCCCCUGCCACCCACACCAGCCACGGUGGGCCCAGGGACCCCGGACGAGGGGGCUGUGCAGCCCGAGCCAGUGGGCCCCGCCGAGCACUGAGUUGACCUCCCUUCGUGCGUGCGGCCCCGCUGGCAGGGACCCGGAGCAGCUGACAGGACAGACACCUCGGGAGUGUCCGAAGUCCUCCUCGGCCCCGGUAACUGCCUCGAACCAUCCUUGCAGUCCUUUGCUCCGUUUGAACUCCCCUUUUACUUCACACCUCUUUGAGACCAGGCUGGGACCCGUGGCGACACCCCAGCGAACCCAGAUGACUGAGGGUUCAACCAGAGGAGGUUGGGCUGGUGUCAGAGCCCAUGGCCCGAGGGCAGCAGGACCCACCAACAGCACUCCCUCCAUCAGCCAGCCCCUCCCCAGUCUUGAGGGUCCUCUGCCACUGUCCCCAGUGAGCACAGAAGAAGCGGACGUGGUCACUUUGUGUAGAAAUCUGUAGAAAAGCAAACUGCGAUAAACAUCUCCUUUGGAUAUUGAUUCCUGCUUCUGGCAGCAGAUGAGAAACAUCUAUUUUAAAAGUUCAAAAAAAAUCCUCCACCCUAAGGUUUGAUGUCAUGUUAGAAGUGUAAUAUUACUGUUGAGAUUUCAUUUUCAUUUUGCCUUGAACUUUCCAGCGUUUGGGGUUUAGAGUUCUCAGUCUGGCUUUCUCCAUUGUCUUAAGGGAUUCUCAUCUCUUUGUUACUCACUAACUCUGCAAGCCUGUGGAAUGAUAAAAGUCCCUUCCUGGGGCCUCCCUGGUGGCGCAGUGGUUAAGAGUCCGCCUGCCAAUGCAGGGGAUACGGGUUCGUGCCCCGGUCUGGGAGGAUCCCAUAUGCCGCGGAGCGGCUGGGCCCGUGAGCCAUGGCCGCUGGGCCUGCGCAUCCGGAGCCUGUGCUCCGCAACGGGAGAGGCCACAACAGUGAGAGGCCCACAUACCGCAAAAAGAAAAAAAAAAAAAAGUCCCUUCCUGGAAAGGUUAGAGUAUUUUCUAAGCAAAAAUAAGGGAGAGACUCGUAUUCUCAGGUACACACAGAGCUGGGAGGACCCAAAGUUCCUCUGCCGUGGCAGCGUAGGGGCCUUGCGUUACCCAGAAGAUCUUUCCAUGAAAGGGGGAUAGUGCGGUCAGCUCCCCACUCAGGACCAUUCCUCGUCUCUCCGGACUGAAACCAAACAGGACGGUUUUCCGGCAUCACCUUCGGUUGUCGCCAUCUCUCUAGUUGUCUAAGAAAGAACGAUUUAGGACUGCAGACGUUCCAGCCCCCGUGGCCGUGAUGCAAAGAAAAGGCCACAGAAACCGUCCUCCGAGUCCGUCACCUGCUGCUCAGUGGUGUGGGUGCCCGCAUGCAGGGACAUCCCGAGAGCCAGCCCCUGCCCAGCGGCAAGGACGUGAUGUCCGAGCUCACAGGGCCAUCCUAGGAGCUCGGGGUUUGUCCCUCUUCCUCUCAGCUGCUGCUGUAAAGAUGCAAGCUCUUUUUUAAAAUGGAAACCCCCAGUUCCUUCUCCCUUUGGGCUGGGUGUGUGCAGACCAGGUCUCCGCUAUAUCCGAUAAAGCUCCCAAGAGGUUCUUUCUACUCAGCCAGGCAAGGCCAAGCGACCCUCAGCUCUCUGGUUGAUGCUCAGACCUUCCAAAACUUGCCUCCACGUGUCCCACAGGAGUGCCAGCACCCGUGGUGUCAGUGUCAACCGGUCCGGGUUAUCAGGUGGCCUCAGGAAAUGCCCCACACGCUUACCUCUUAGAGGACCUGGUCCCCAGUACCUCCCCCAGUCUGCUGUCAGGCAGGGCCUGCCCGGGCCAGACUUCAGCCUCCUGAAGGAAACACACUGGUCCCCUGAGGAAGGGGAGUGGCGCCUCCAGGACAGAUCUCUCCAGCCUUAAGAAGCCCUCCGGGCAGGUGAGCCCAGCCAGCACCAACAGGGGAAAGACCCAGCUCAGAAAGGCAGCCAUUUAGGCAGAAAUUCCAGGGACCCCGGCAAGGAGGGACAAGCCAUGACCUUCAGGAGAGCCCCUUGGAAAGGACAGGCAGGGGGAACGGAAAGGGGGAGAAAGUCCAUGUUGUCAGGGACAGGGGCCCCACUGGUUCUUCUGCCAGGUUGCAGCGGCAGGCUAGCCCCAGAGCCACUGACGGCCGGUUUUGAAACGAUUCUGGAGCAGCAGACAUGAGAGAAGGCCAGUGACCUCCCAGCUGGCGGCAUUAUCGUGAAGAACAAGCCAAGGCGUGUGGACCCUGCCCUGGGGCCACCAGCCUGCUGUCUGAAAUCCAGCGGCUCCAGGUGGCUUCAAGCUCUACGGGAGGAAAGUCUCGGCCGGGGGACAGCAUGCCCAGGAGGACCUGCAGCAGUAUCCCCCAAGCAGGAGAGCUGAACGCAGCCCAGCCUCCAUGGGCUCUUGAAUAGCAGGUGCGAUCAGACCAAGCUUCCGCCCCACGUCUGGCCCAAGGGCAGGCCUCUCCCCGGGUGGGCUCGAGGGUUUGGUUGUGGGCAGCCCACAGCCGGCUGGCAGCCAGGUCUCCACCGUCUGGGCAGCAGUUGCACAGCUAUGUUUUCAGGAGCCCCCAGAAAAUCUAAGUGGGGGCACCUCCAGAGGGGCCCAUCCAGACAGCAGGUGCUGGGACUCUGGGGCAGAGAGGUAUAGCCAGGAAUCCUUGGCAAGCCCGGGGCAGGGGCCAUGGCCUGUGACACGCGAGUACCAGACUCGGAUCUCUGGGAUCGGCCUCAGCAGGCCCAUCCAGCCCGCCAUCUCCAUGUCCCUGCAGAGACCCUCCCCAAGUCCACAUCGGGCCCACUGGGUUUGCCAAGUCAGGGGCAGGGCUGGCCACAGGAACCCCCUAACGUCAGCUUUGAAAGUUGCUGGGGAGAAGCACAUGUCCUUUCCAGUUUGAGAACUUGAGCCAGCGAGGACGCCUCUCAAAGUCAGACAGGUACGUGCCCCCCCCACCGGGGGUGGGUGGGAGGGAUUGUCCUCCUGCCACCGGCAGGCCCUCUGUGCUGCUCUUCCCCCAUCAAGCCUGCCCUGCUUGCUGCUCUCUGCAGAAGGCAGCUCCCACCCAAGCACCUGCACUGCAACCUGGGGGUGAGCGAGGAAACGCACCUCUUUACAGGCAUACACCAAGAUUUCUCUAAGGUCUGAAGAUGCACUGUUCAAAAAGGCACAGGGUGAACCAAUUCUCAUCUUCUUUUCUAGACGCAAUAAAUAAGAAAUAUUUAAUGUAGUCAUGACGACAUUGGGCAUAAACUGUAAGGGUUCCUUAAGUUCCUCUGAGUUGAAAAUAUGUAAAUAAUUCUUGUCCCAAGGAGGAGCAGGGCUGGGAAACCUCAUGCUUCUGGGCUAUGGGACUGUUGCAGGGAAGUACCUGCUCUCGCCAGCAUGACUCAUGUUUCGUGGGUACUGAACACGAGGGUGGAAAUGAAAACUGGAACUUCCUUGUAAAUCUGAAC